GCAGAGCUGGUCUUACCAGAAGAUGGCUACUGUCUCCACUGCAAGGACUUUGCUCUUUAUCUUGAUGUUGGGUGCAGGCUACAGUCGCCCCACCAAGAAAGGUUAUGUCAGCCAAGGCGGCGGUUCAAAUAUAAACCCUCAGGUGUAUGUGCCUACAAGCCCCGGCCCCUACGGUGGUUCAGGUCAUGGUGCUCCUUACUGGUUGGCGUACUCCCAGCCUGGCGUUGGGAGUGGACCAGCGCUGCCUUACGGCUCUCAAACUGGUGGUGUGUCCUUCCCUGUGUAUUCGGGAUAUGUGGGCGGCUACCCCGUGGGUCCAGUACAGCACAAUACAGGACCAGCUGCAACCCAUGAUGUGGACUGGUUCAAAGCAACAGGUCUCCCUCUUUCUGAUGUGGAAAGCUCUCAAUUGGCCAGAGGAGUUGAACCUCGAGCAAUGGGUGCAGGCGGCUUUAGGCCGCAUGGCCGCAGCCUUGGUCCUCACAGCCUGGCCGAUCCGGCGGGUCUGGGUUCAUUUUAUCAGCCCGGUGAAUUGUCCCAAUUGAAGAACACCUUUGAACAGGGACACUACGACACCGAAACAGAAACCGAAGGUCUCCAGCGCCAGCAGCCCGGUGUCUUUAACCACAGAUUGUAUCUGCCAGUGGCCUGUCAUUAUGGAUGGUGUAAACGACCCCUCCUUCCCCUGAUACCCAGGCCACAGAUGCCUCUACAACAGCAUGUUCCUCAAUGGCAAUAUGCAGGCUAG